AUGGAACCCAUUUCUUCUUCUUCUUCAUCCUCAUCUAGGGUUAGGGUUUCCGCUCAUUCAAAGACCCAUGAUUCCUUCUUUACUCCACUCCUCCUCUUCUUCUUCUUCAUCGCCACGACCCCCACAGCCCAUUCAACCCUCCCCUCCGAUUUCCACUCCUUAUACACCCACCACUGCAACAACCUCGUUCCCAUUCCCCACACCCACCACUCAAAACCUCUUCACGCCGACCUCGGCACUGGCUACUUCACCGGCGGCGACACUCUUUUCUCUCAAACGCCCGACAGAACCGCCUUGAAUUUCCACCAACAGAUCAGCUUUCAAGCCCAUUACGCCGGCUCAAUCCUCAGCGGCUACUUGGUUCUCAUAACCAGCAGAUCCCCUCCAGAAGGACCACAACACUGUCGGGAGUUUCAGCUUCAAGGACACUAUUCAGAUACACGUGAAAAGCUUUGCAUGGUUGGAACUGUUUCGCCCAUUGAUGUUCCAGGUAGUAGUUCUGAGUCUGCAAAUGUUGUUGUUCUGAAGCUUAGUUAUCCGAAAAACAUGAGCAUUUUCGAUAUUUUGGUGACUGGGACUUUGGAGUCUGUGUCUGGUUAUUUUGAACCUAUUUCGAUACUUGGUCUAUCUCAGAAGUCUGGUUAUCGGCCCACGUUCAUUGGGAAGGGUCGGAUGAAUGGCUCUUUGGUUCGUUAUGAGAGAGGGGAGAGUUUAGGUAGGGAUAGUUUACCUCUAGAGAAAAGGGGUAAAUCGAGUCGCAGUGUAUGUAAGGUGCUUGGUGGUGGUGUUACACUAGAAAAGUAUGAAUUGGAAUAUGAGAGUGGCUAUGGCAGUCCUGUUGGGGGAGAUGUUGGAUAUGUACCUACAUUCCUUGUUGCGGGUAGGACUCGGUGUGGAGAUGGGAAGAUGCAGAUGUUGUUGGGGUUCCUCAACUCGAGCGAUAAUGGAGGGUAUAGUUUUCCCUUUGAACCUAGGACAACUUUGAUUGCUGAGGGGGAAUGGAUCGAGAAGGAGAAUCGUGUGUUAGGUGUUGCAUGCCGGAUUUUGAAUUUUACGGAUUCAUUGACUAAUGCUGUUGUCGGAGAUUGUUCGACUAGACUCAGCAUUAGGUUCCCUGCACGGUUGUCUUUAAGAAAUAGGUCUACUAUUGUGGGGCAAAUUUGGAGCAACAGGACAGUGAAUGACUCUGGUUACUUUGGUAAAAUUGGGUUUCAUCACAGUGUGUCGGUACGGUUUAGAGGAGGAGUCUUAGGCUAUAAAUAUGAAUUCACCGAGUAUGACACCGUGAGGAAAAUGUGUGAUGUAAAGAAAACCAGUAGAGGAAAUGGAAACAAAUACCCUGAUGAGCAUUCAGAGGAAAUGAGACUUGGAAUGGCGGUGAGAAACAAAACGUUGAGGUCUGGAUGGGUUAAUGUAUUCCCAUUGUUUGUGGAUGGUGAUCAAAGUCGUGCCAGGAUUUGGGAUAAAAGCCCUAGUACUGUGGUGAAUAUGAGCUAUGUUUUAAUCAAUUAUGGACCCAAUUUUUUUGAUAAGGGUUCCACAACAAUAGUAUCUGCUGAAGGCCUAUAUUAUAGAGAUCACGGUUAUCUAUGUAUGAAAGCAUGUAGGCAUGUAUUGUCAAAAAAUCAAGAACUGAUGGAAAAGGAUACGCUAGACUGUGCUAUUAAUAUUAAUCUCCAGUUUCCUCCGUUGGAUGCUAGGGAAACAAGAACUGUCAAUGGAAGUAUUGAAAGCACAAGGACAAAGUCAGACCCUCUUUAUUUUGAGCCUAAGGAGUUAUACUCGUUUACCAUUACAGAAAGGCAAGCUGCAAAGUCCAUUUCAAGAAUGGACUUGGAGAAUCUUAUGGUUCUGAUUUCCAACACCCUUGCAUGUGUCUUUGUAGGAUGGCAGCUCUAUUAUGUCAAGAAACACCCUGAUGUACUCCCCUUCAUCUCUAUUGUGAUGGUUGUUGUUCUCAUUCUGGGACACAUGAUUCCUCUUGUGUCCAACUUUCAAGCAAUGUUUGUGCCAAACCACAGUAGUUGGCAGGAUAAGUUUCUCGUGACUGGUGAAUGGCUUAAGGUGAGUGAAGUAAUUGUUAGUGCGAUGAUGUUUGUUGCUUUCCUGCUGCAGCUAUGGCUUCUCCGGCUGACUUGGUCCUCAAGACAAGGUGACAGAAGUCAGGAGCUCUUGAGGGACUGUGAGAUGAAGGUUGUUUGUGCAACUUUACCACUAUACAUAGCUGGUGCAUUGAUUUCUUGUUUUGCACACCAGUGGAUCCAUAGUCAUCACAUCUCAUUCAGGCCAUUACGGGGCCAUUCGCGUUUUCAUCAGCGAUACUCUCUCUGGGAUAACCUUAAGCCUUACAGUGGCUUAGUCCUGGAUGGUUUCCUGCUUCCGCAGCUAUUAUUCAACUUGUUCUUCAAUUCAGGAGAAAAAUCUCUCUCCUGUACAUUUUAUAUCGGGUCGACCAUUAUCCGUCUGCUGCCGCACGCAUAUGAUCUUUACAGGGCUCGCACAUCUCCAGGGAUCUUUACUUUCUUUUGCUAUUAUGCAAAAUCGACAUCAGACUUUUACUCUACUGCCUGGAACAUCAUCAUCCCUUGUGGUUGUCUGCUGUUUGCUGCCAUUGUUUUCUUGCAGCAGAGGUUUGGUGGCCGUUGCAUUCUUCCCAAAAGAUUUAGACAGACUUCUGGUUCAUAUGAGAAAGUCUCUGUCAUCAGCAGUGUUUAA